AGCAGCAGGUUCCUGAUCCAUCUUUGUCUGUAGGAUUACCUCAGCCUCUCUUGGAACUGAAUGACUCUCCUGUCUACAAAACGGUCUUAGAAAGAAUGCAGCGUUUCUUCUGCACCCUCUAUGAAAACUGUUUCCAUAUCCUAGGGAAGGCAGGCCCUUCCAUGCAGCAGGACUUCUACACCGUGGAGCACCUGGCCACCCAGCUUCUCAGCUCUGCCUUCGUCAACUUGAACAAUAUUCCUGACUACCGACUCAGACCCAUGCUUCGGGUCUUUGUGAAGCCUCUGGUGCUCUUCUGUCCCCCGGAGCACUACGAAGCCCUGGUGUCUCCCAUCCUUGGACCUCUUUUCACCUACCUUCACAUGAGGCUUUCCCAAAAAUGGCAAGUCAUCAACCAGAGGAGCCUGCUGUGUGGAGAAGAUGAGACAACAGAUGAAAACCCAGAGUCUCAAGAGAUGCUGGAGGAACAACUGGUGAGGAUGUUAACCCGAGAAGUCAUGGACCUGAUCACUGUGUGCUGUGUUUCAAAGAAAGGUGCUGACCACGGUACUGCUCCCCCUGCAGAUGGAGAUGAUGAAGAGAUGAUGGCCACAGAGGUAACCCCCUCGGCCAUGGCAGAGCUUACAGACCUGGGAAAAUGUCUAAUGAAGCAUGAGGAUGUUUGUACAGCGCUAUUAAUUACAGCCUUCAAUUCCCUGGCCUGGAAGGAUACUCUGUCCUGCCAGAGGACGACCACACAGCUCUGCUGGCCUCUCCUCAAACAAGUGCUGUCAGGGACACUGCUCGCAGAUGCUGUUACAUGGCUGUUCACCAGUGUGCUGAAGGGCUUACAGACGCAUGGGCAGCACGAUGGCUGCAUGGCUUCCCUGGUCCACCUGGCCUUCCAGAUAUAUGAGGCGCUGCGUCCCAGGUACCUGGAGAUAAGAGCUGUGAUGGAGCAGAUCCCUGAAAUUCAGAAGGACUCACUGGACCAGUUUGACUGCAAGCUUUUGAACCCCUCUCUGCAGAAAGUGGCUGACAAGCGCCGGAAGGACCAAUUCAAACGCCUCAUUGCUGGGUGCAUUGGGAAACCCCUGGGCGAGCAGUUCCGAAAAGAAGUUCACAUUAAGAACCUUCCCUCACUUUUCAAAAAAACAAAGCCAAUGCUGGAAACAGAGGUGCUGGACAAUGAGGAGGGCAGCCUGGCCACCAUCUUUGAACCCUGAAUCAAGCUUUUGGGCAUUCUUCCUCGACCUUUAUCGUCAUCUCUUCUUCCCCUUUGUAGCUGUUCUCUAGGCCCCUCUCCACUGCCACCUCACUGUACACCGUCGUCAGCCUGGAGAGAGAUCCAGGUCUGGAGCUGGAGAGAGUGGGCCCUGUACAGGGCCGGAAGCCAUGCUAAAGCAUCAAGAAAGGGAGUUAGGGCUUAUACCAUUCUGUCUAGAUUUCCCAGGUAUAAACACCAUAGGAGGUGCCCCUUCAAUACCCGAGCAGUCCCUCUUAGGACGCAUCCUGAAAAAUUGGAAGGAAUUCAACGCUGAUGAGCUAAAACACAAGAAACUCAUCUUUUUCUGCAAUACAUUUUGGCCUCAAUACAAGUAAGGGUCGGGAAACCUGGUGCCAAAAAGGCUCUUCAAAUUUUGAUACUAUUUCACAACUGGAUUUAUUUUGCAGGAAACUAGAGAAAUGGACUGAGGUUUCUUAUGUGCAGGCCUUUAUGAUGCUAUACCAAAACCCUUCAUUGAAGGAAUCAUGUCAGAUUUGUUUCAUUGAACCAAAGAAAAGGGACCAAAAUACCCCAGAUAUUUUAGAUGACAACCCCAACUCCUCCUCCCCUUCCCUGGGACUGGCUAAGGCCUCUCCUUGUCUAGAUAAUGCCCUGAUAGUGAGACAAUGCAUGCUAGGCCAACUAAGUAAUCAGAGGGACCUCAGUAUAACCAUUUAUAAUCCCAUUCCUGAAAUAAGAGGGCAACUGGACUCAUCCUGGCAAACAAAGGAGCUGCUAUUGGUUUGGCAGCUCCACGGGGUGGGGCGGCUUUGCCUACCACGAGGCAACACUUUAUAACCUGUCAGAUACUCUGUCUACCCUAGCCAGGACCAGAGGGGACUCACUCUCUAGACUCUCAGCAUCUCUUAAUUCCCUAGCUAAUGUGGUGAUGGAUAAUAGACUGGUCUUGGAUUAUAUCCUAGCUGAGCAGGUAAGGAUAUGUGCAGUUAUCAACAAAACAUGUUACACCUACAUCAACACCCCUGGCGAGGUGUUACAGUUUUGGAAAGGAUAACCCCAGCGCCCACUCCACAUGGACUACAGUCAAAAGGAUAUAACCAAAGGUACCCUUGGACCUCUGGUCGCAUUAAUACUUUUGCUGAUUUCUGGCCUCUGCCUUUUUACUUGUUAAAUUCGUUUCGUCCAGGUUGCAACAGUUUGACAUAAACAUGAUGGUCAUACAGGGACUCCAGCCACUGCCUACUGCUGAGGCCUCUAUGGAAAUCUUGGGACCCCUUGACCAGAAAGGAGGAAAGUUUCAUUCCCAGGGUCAGACAAGGGAAGACUGCCCCUGCCAGCUUGAAGAAGUUACAGAAGAAUGAGACUUUUGGCCCUGAAUAACCCCAAAAGAUUUUGAGAAGGAACUCUUUCAGGGUGGAAUUGGGGCAGGAAAGACAGGGCUGAACCCAAGGACAGCCUCCUCACAGACUUUAGGCAACAGGCAAAGCCACCUCUCCUUGUUUUGCACUUAAUGAGACUAUGAAGCAUGGAGGAGUGGCCAUCAGUAACAAGAACAUAAAUUAAACCUUGAUUAAACUUCGUGAUACCUAAACAGAGAACCCUAACCAGAAAAGCCACAGAGCUAGAGCUUGGCGGAGCAUGAGCAAUAAAAAUGCACAGGCUGCGGGUGGCUGCUAUACAACCUUCCACACCUGGCGCUAAGGAAAAAUUUAAGGGAAAACAGCUUUCAGAAGUGCGGUGGCUUUAAAAGACCAAUGUGCAAGAGAAGCUGAUGUAACCAGAUGCAAUCAAGAUCCCACCCCAGGGACUUCCCUGGUGGGUUAAGAAUCUUUCUGCCAGUGCAGAGGACACGGCUUCGAUAGCUGAUCCAGGAAGAUCCCACAUGCCGCGGAGCAACUAAGCCUGUGCUCCACAACUGCUGAGCCUGCACUCCAGAGCCCGCGAGCCACAACUACUGAGCCCAUGCGCCGCAACUACUGAAGCUGCGUGCCUAGAGCCGGUACUCCACAAGAGAAGCCACUGCAAUGAGAAGCCCGAGAACAGCAACGAAGGCCCAACGCAACCAAAAAUAAAAAAUAAAAUUUUUUAAAAAAAGCAAAUAUUUAAAAAAAAGAUCCCACCCCAUCCUCCCAAAAAUGACUAUUCCGCCCCUAAUCAAAGAAACCUGCACCCAUUCAAGGAAUUAAAGUGAAAUUAAAAGGGGGGAGUGGUCACAAAACUCCUCGGGUGCGCCCCUCACUCGCGAGGAUGCCCUCAUUCUUCUCUGAGUACGUACUUUCCCUUCUGCCCCUUAAUAAAUUGCUUCUUUGUUUCUCUCUACGCCUUAGUCUCUGUGGGUGACCUUUCUUGCGUUUCCUGUCCAAAUUUUUUUGGACAGGUAGAACAAGAACCUGGACCUUUAAUUUGGCCUGAACAGCAUCACAAGGACAACUUCUGAGGCACAGGCUACUCAGACCACAAGGUCCGAUCCCCGUACUCUCUCCGGGCACCUCCA